CAUUUAGAAUGGCCAACAUUCUAAAUGAAAACUUUGAUCUGCUCAAGGUAUUGUUUACCGAAUGUCUACAGGCCAAAAACAACCCAAAGGACUCGCGCAUUGAUUUAGAGGAGAAAAUCAAAAGCGGUUCACUAUUAUUUGUGUUGAUUAAAAAAGUCAAUCGCCUUGUUAAGUACAAGGUACGGUCUGGCCGUGAAGAACUGCAAGCCCAAAAAACAUUGGUGGAUGCCAAUCGUUUACAUUUGCAGAAUCUACUCUACGAAGUCAAUUAUCUAAAGAGGGAAAUUAAACAAUGUUACAAAUUUAAAAGUCAAGAUGAAGAUAUUGAUAUCUAUGAACCACCGGGAAGUAAGGCUUUGACAGCCGAUUCCAAUUUGACGCAUAAGGAACGUAUCAGCCGCCUUGAAAGGGAGUUGAAUUUACGUAAACAAUUAUCCAAUGAUUGUAAAAAUUUACUCAAUGAUAAGACAAAAGUAUUCCAUGAAAUUAUUAAUAAAAUGGAAAAUCUAUCAACAUUUGCCCCUUCGCUAAAGACAUUGUUAAAGGCAACACGACCCCUACAAGAAGCUCUACAACUGCCCAUUGAACAGAAAUGGACAUUGGAAAAUAAGGUGCAUAUGCUGCAACAAAAUCUUUAUAUGACCUAUGUUAAUUUGAGAGCAAUUGAAAUGCUAGAGGGUGGCAUAAAGGUCACCGUAAAUGGCCAAGAAGAUGAGGUAAAAGAAUAUGAAGCUAAAAUGAAAUUGAAAUCAUCCGAAGAAUUGGAACAGUCAUUCCUGUUAAAGCCACAUCCUUUGUCAUUGCAAAUAAAGCUUAGCCAUGAAGAAUGCUCAGAGGAUUUUGUCAUGGUGGACAUUUAUUAUUUGCCCUUACUAAUGAUUGCCACUGCCCAUUGUGAGAUACGUCUAAGUGAGAACAAUUCCAAUUUGAUUGAGACAAAUUUAUUACAAGAUUUCCUUAAGUUUAUAAAUGAAGAUGAUUUGGGCGAAAAUUUGCCUUAUUCCGAAACAAGUUUAAAUCUUCAAAAACACAACAUCAAAUUGGAAGAUUUCAAACAAAAUCUCUGCAAACACAAUCUGGGUUUACCCUAUCAGUGGUUGCAAAAAAUGAUUGGAAACUCGACGUUCAACAACACCAAAUGCAAUGAUAUGCAAACACAAAAACUAAAAGACUACACAUUGGAAUGUGUUAAACGUAUACGCAACUACUUUCAAAUACGUCAUCAAUUAAUUACCCAAAUUCGAGCAUUUAUGAAUAAGAAUAUUGAUGAAUAUAUUGGUGGGGGUGAUAAAAUAAAUCAGCUAAAACCCAACUGUGCCUUGGUACAAUGGUCAGCUGUAUCAUGGGAGGAAUAUGAAAGUGCACCGACCACCCAACCAUUUGUGGUGCAAAAAAUUGUCGAUGAAUAUUGUGGAUUCUUUAGGGCUGUCAUUGUCUUGGGUUCGGCAAAAAUGGAAUGUCUCAUUAGUUUGUCAAAUAAAUAUCCGCUGAAUAUACCGCUGUGGUCGAUCACCGUUCAUUGGAAUGGUCAUCAUACUGCAUUGAAUAAUUCCGCCAUAAAGGUCAUGGAACAUUAUACAAAUUCGAUUAAGGAUUGCAAACAAGCAAAUCUAUUGGCUUCCCAGCUGUUACGCACAAUGUAUAGUUUUGAUAUAUUCUUGGAAACUGAAGGGCCUCUGUAUCAGCCAUUGGAAUAUACUAAGGAAAAAAGUUUUAUCAAAUCAUUUUCAAAACGUAUACGCAUGAGACCGUUUAAGUGCAUUAAAAAGGGCUCGGUAAAUUAUUUUAAGCAGUAA